GGGCCCCCCCCGCUGCCAGGCGCUGGGGCAGUGCCCGGCCGCCUCGCCGCUCCCUCGUUAUUUUUAUCUUGUUUGAUGGAAUUCAUCGCCUGGCACCUGCUGUGCUGCUGAGGUGUGCGUCCACGCCGCGGCCUGGAGGGGGGCCAGGCGCAGCCGGGGGGGCUGCCCGGGGCUGGCUCCGGGCCCCGCUCAGCCCUCGCACCUUCCCCGUGGAGCCGGCCGUGCUGCAGCACGGGGCAGCCCCUGAGCUGGCUCCGGGGCCGUGCGGCCGCUCAGCGCAGGUGGGAUCACCCAGCGCUCGGUGUGGGGCCGGCGGCCAAGGAGGGCUCUGUCCUCAGGUCCCCAUCUGCGGGUGGCCCAGGCCCCCCUGUGCCACCAGAGGCGCCUCCUGGAGCCCCAUCGCCCUGCUGUCCUCGCAGCUCCAGCGAGCAGUGCCCCUGCCCCAGCUGGGCGCAGCCCUCCCUGCCGGCCGUGCCAUCGUCCAGCCGCUGUGCGCCCGCUGCUCCGUGCGUGCUGCUCGAAGCAGCCUCCCUCACCCUGCUGCCACUCCCUCGGCGUAGCGGAGCCCUGAGCCAGGGCCGCGCUGGGGAGGUUUUCCGGCAGCCGGUUGCGCUGGGGCAUCCGGCAGCGCUGGGAGCUGCGGGGUUAGGCAGCGCUUCGCCUCCUGCAGCCCAGGCCAGGGGCCAGGAUGCCAGCAGAGCCCGGGCACGGCAGCAGCAGCACGUGCCCACGGCAGUGACCUGCCUGUCCCCGCCUGCGGAGCGGCCCCGCGCCCCGCCGUGGCCAUGCAGCCUGCAGCUGCCAGCAGCGAGGCCCAUCGGGGCCGCCAGCGGGGUGGCCUCAUUAGGCUUGGGUGUGCUCCAAGGCGCUCGGGGGCGGCAGUCUGAGGCAGCAGCCAGGCGGCCCCAGGCCCCACGCUUGGCCUGGCCGCCAGCCACGGCCGCCUCCCGCCUGCCCCCAGCACCGGGCAGGACAGCGGCUGCCUCCCAGAGGGAGCUGUGGGGUCAGCCCGGGGCCGGUCUCAGGUUUGGAGGGGCGCAGCGGGGGCGUCCAGCCCCGGGCUGCAGUGCCCUGCCUGGCCUCAGUGCUCCCUUGGGGUUAGGGUUAGGGUGCCCGGCCCCGCUGGGGCCCAGCCUGGCCGCCUGCAGGCAGGGCUGGACGUGCCCCUGCCCCAGCGGCAGUGCGCCCUCGGUGCCUGGCCCCUCUGCGUGGGGUGGGUGCAUGGGGGCCUGGGGAGGUUCUGGGGGUGCUGCUGUGCAGCAGUCUGCAGUGCUUGGGCUGGGCCCUGCUCUCUGAAAGAAAGGCUGCUGGGGCUGUCACAGGGAGGCCGUGGGGCCCCGGCACUCCCGGGGAUGCCUCCUGGGGCUCUGCUGUCCCCGGCGCCCUCAGCCCACCAGGGUGAGGAGCUGCGUGUGCAAACGGUCCCGGGUAGGGCUGGUCUGAGGGCAGCGGUGUCGGGCGCGGGGGAAGGACGCUGGGGCUGCUGGGGCCGGGGCCGUGAGCUCGCUGUGCCCUGGGUUUCCAAGAAGGGAGCAGAAACGCAGGGGGCUGGAGACCUGCCUGGGAACUGUCUCGCAAGGAGCGUUAGGAGCAAGUGGGGAGCCCACAAGGGCUGGGGGAAGGAGCGCGGAGCCAAGGGAGUUGCGUCGAAGAGGUCAAGGGUGUGGGAUAGGGCGGGAGCUGCCAGAAGCCCAGCUGGGCUGCACCCCGCAGAGCGCGCGGGGACACAGCAGCAGUCCUCACACCGAUAUGGAAACAAGGCGAGGGGCUGUGCCAGCGGCCGGGGAGCAGCGAGGACCCGGCCCCGGGCCUGGCACCGCGCAGGGCGGCGGUGGGGAGCAGUGGGGAGGGCACCACCGGAGAGCGGCUUCCCGAGGGAGGGAAUGGUCGGAGGCCUCGCGGGGCAGGGGCAGCACCCAGCCGGGCGCCCCGGGGCCCUGCCCUGCCCUGCCCCUGAGCCGUGCUGGUCGCAGGGGCCCUCAUGGGAGCCGGCGACGUGAUCGCGCAGCAGCUGGUCGAGCGGCGGGGGCUGCGCGAGCACCACGGCGGACGCACCCUGAGGAUGGUGGCGAUCGGCUGCUGCUUCGUGGGCCCCGUUGUGGGUGGAUGGUACAAGGUGCUGGACCGGCUCGUCCCGGGGGCCACAAAAGCCGUGGCUGUGAAGAAGAUGGUCCUGGACCAGGGCGGGUUUGCACCGUGCUUCCUCGGCUGCUUCCUCGCCAUCACAGGAGCCGUGAACGGUCUGUCUGUGGAGGAAAACUGGUCCAAGAUCCAGCAGGACUACGUGGAUGCCCUGCUCACCAACUACUGUGUAAGUGCUGGCGCGAGGUGAAGGCCGCCAGCCUGCCUCCCAGCCCCGGGCGCUGUGCUGGCUCUGCCCACCAGCGGGGCGGCAGGGCUGGGCUCCUCCGUGUCCCCAGUGGCCACCCUGUGCCCUGCCUGGGGGCUGCCAUGGGCUCAGAUCUGGCCACCGGUGCAGAUUGCCAACUUCUACUUCGUCCCUCUGAGCCACAGGCUGGCAGUUGUCCAGUGCGUGGCCAUUGUCUGGAACUGCUACCUCUCCUGGAAAGCAAAUCGGGUGUGAGGGGAGAGGCUGUGUCCCGGGGCUGCUCCCACUCCCUGUCUGCCUCCUGAGCGCACCACCUCCAGGCUUUGACGUGGUGGCCACGGAUGCGUGCAGGGCGCCAUCCCCGCUCUCUUUAUGGGACCCCUACUGCCUGCUGCUGCGGCCGUUGCUGCUGCUCUUGGGGGGAGCAGGUUUGGCCGGGGCCAGGGGCUGCUCCAGGGGGCCCUGUGGGGCUCUGCCUGUUGGUGCAUUCCUCCAUCCAUGCUCCCUGCUCUGCCCAGCCCUGCCCCGCACCUGGGGUGUUUCUCCUUGGGGGCAGCUCUGUCCUCUUCCAGUGGGCUGCUGGGGAAGGAUGAGGGCUUGGAGCAGCAUCGGCCUGGUGCAGACCCCGGUGUGCAGCACCACGGCUGGGGCACGGCUCUGCUCCGUGCUGCCCGGCCCCAGCCCCUCUGUCCCAGCAGCCACAGGCCCCGGCAGCCACUGCUGUUCUCCAGCUACACCUCCAGUGGGAACGGGAUUUCUGUGUAGCUCUACUCCUGACAGCCGGAGCACCCAAUAAACGGCGCUGUUCCCAGC